UUGAUAGUAAACAGUAAACCCACCACUGUCAACCACCCGUGAGCGAAAGUCACGUGGUGUGUUCUACUACACAUUGGUUCUGCUGCAAUCAUUACGAACUUUAGUUUUCCUCGUACCGUGAAAUCAGAAAAUAAAUAUUUUAUCAUGGUAGUUCUUGGUCAAAUAGAUUUCGACGCUCUAAAUUUGUUGUUAAAGGCAAAAUCGAAAGAUGUUGUUGCAAAACUUGUCUCUGAUGCCUUUGACAAAAGAAAUAGAAAAGUCAAUGCUGAAACUUUUAUUUCAAUCACGGAUGUACUAGAUUGUGAUUCAACAGAGGCUGGUCAGUUGUUUUCAAGCUUGAUAAUGCUAGUCAAGAAUUGUUUAUAUGAAGGCCUAGGUGAUCGACAAUCUAUCGCUUCAAUAUUUCCAGGAACUUUUCACAAAAAUUUAAAAGAUCUCCUUUCCAAAAUCAUUGUUGAGAACCUGACUGGGUGGAAAGAGCAAGCAAUGACCACUCAAGUUUCAUUGCCCAAACUUGCUGAUUUUGACUGGAGAGUCGAUGUGAAAACAUCUUCAGAUGCCAUAACAAGAAUGUCAGUACCAACAUGUCUACUGCAGCUCAAGAUCCAAGAAAAUGCUUGUAAAGACAACUUGUUGCCUGAAUUAAAAUGUCUGAAUGUGGAACUGAGCAAAAAGACAUUAGACACCAUGUUGGAUGGUUUAGGAAGAAUUCGUGAUCAACUCUCCUCGGUUGCAAGAAGUUCAGCUUCCUGAUUUUUUUUCUCUCAGUUUGAUUUGGGCUUUUCAUAUAAAUUCAUAAUUUCUAUUCGACCAAUGAUUCCAGCUAACUUGAACUUGCUUAUAGACAAGAGAAAUUAGUCUGGAUACUGCAACGUAUAAUCGUUUAACUUUUGAUUAAAAGUUGUCAUGAUUUGAAACAUUGACGUAGCCAUUCCCCUUAUUUAGUCGUGCUCUAUGUAACAAUUGCAGUGUUCACGCAAUGCAAAAAAAAUAGAUUUAUAAAGAAAUGAAUAAUUAUAAUGUCCGAAAUUUACACUGCAGAAUUAAAA